AUGACCCUCAAUCCUCCCCUUCGUGAAGCCUUGGCAGCAGAGAUGGGUGAUGAUACGAACCUAACUGCUCGUUCAUCGUCGGGUCUUAUGAGUCCAGCCGAGCUAACUUUGCAGCGUAUUCACAUGCAGUCCUCAGCUGGCGCGCCAAACAAAGAUGCCGCUAAACCCACCGAACCGGGCUUGGGUUUGCCUGCCAAGGGGAAGCCCAGACUACUCUUGAUGGGCCAGAGGAGGAGUGGGAAAUCAUCCAUCUCGAGUGUCGUAUUUCACAAGUUGCCUCCGAAUGAGACGCUUUUCCUGGAAUCAACGGCACGAAUACAGAAAGACUCUAUGGCAUCCUUCAUGGACUUUCAAGUCUGGGACUUCCCAGGGCAAAUCGAUGUCUUUGAUAAUGCCAAUUUCGACAUGGAUGCCAUCUUUGGCGAAAUAGGCGCUCUCAUCUGGGUAAUUGAUGCCCAGGAUGACUAUCUCGAAGCCGUGUCUCGCCUCAACGCCACUAUUCUCUCCCUACAGCGCAGCUACCCCAACAUCAAUAUUGAGGUGUUCAUUCACAAAGUAGAUGGUCUUUCCGACGACUACAAACUCGAUAUCCAGCGUGACAUAACCAUCCGCAUCCAGGACGAAUUAUCGGAUCACGGAUUCGAAAACGCCCCCGUCACAUUUCACCUCACUUCCAUCUAUAAUCAUUCCAUCUUCGAGGCUUUCAGCAAAGUAAUCCAGAAACUCAUACCUCGCCUAGGGACACUAGAAUCGAUGCUUACCAAUCUCUGUCGCACGUGUCGCUUCGAAAAGGCCUAUCUUUUCGAUGUUCUUUCCAAGAUCUACAUUGCUACAGAUAGUGCCACCGCCGAUAUGGCAAGCUACGAGAUUUGCAGUGACUACAUUGAUGUUAUUAUUGACAUUACAGAGGUAUAUGGCACAUGGCAACGAAGUGACGAAAACCGGAAAAAGCUGGAAGGAGAGCCGUUCAACACGAAACUCGACGAACAAAUUGGCUGUUCUACGGCGGAGAGCUGUCUCGUGCUGCACGAUAGCAACAAGCCCAUCAUGUUGAGGGAAGUGGAUCGUUACCUGGCACUGGUUGCCAUCAUGAGGGACGAUUCGUACGAUAGGAUGCCAUUGGUGAAUAUGAAUGUAGAGGCUGUGGUGGAGGGGUUGACCGAGUUUUUCAACAUUACGAAACCACGAAAGUAA